AUUACAACACAAAACACGGGAAGGCGUACUAUGAAUGGCAUUUAUUUUUCACAAUUACGCCGCAUGAAAACGCAACUAUCUACAACUACAUUGAAAACUCCAUUCGUUGCCUACCACCAGCCAUUUUUGUCACGAAAUUUGAGAUUUGUUUUUCUUAGCUAGCAGGUAGACUGUUUAUUACGAAAUAGUAUGGAUUCACACGUGAGUUCAUCCAUCAUAAUAGCGAUUGUUUGACCUGGCAACUAAUUACGACAUAAUAGCAUUUCACACGGCGAUUAUUUGCGUUAUAAUAGGGAUUGGCACCUCAUCAUUUAGCAUGUGUAAGAAAUUUAAAAACGGGCUUAAAUGUUUUCUUUUUUUCUUUUUCUUUUAAUUUGAAAAAAGAUCCGGAACCGGAUCGAGAUUUCCCAUUUGAACAUCACUGUUUAGCACGUGUAAAACUUUAUUUUAUUUUUUCACCAAUAACAUUACUGUAAAACUCAAAAUUUGGGGGGGACCGUGGCCCCUCAGGCACCCCCUUGGCGACGCCCAUGUGUGGGAGUUUUAACACAGAUAAUGUAAUUGCUCCAACCCGGUGGUAACUAAUGGGUUGUCCAAAUCGUCAGCCAUACAAGAAAUCACCCCCAAAGUUACAUACGUGAUAACUCGUACGAGGUGUAUAAAACAGAACACCUGUGUUAUAAAGUUUGCCGUUGGCUGUUUGAACUUGUAAAUGGUAGAUCCACCAACCACUUUGCCACAGCGCCUAGAAAUAUAUUCGAACGAUGCUUUGUCACUUUAGAUUGGAUGGCCUUCUUUUGUGCAACGAUGCUGCAACCCAAGAGUAACUUACAGUCUUACCAAAGAGAUGUUUUAAUUUCUUUGGUUUUACUGAUUAGGAAAAAAUGGUCGGCGUAAAACAAAAUAAAAAUAUAUAAAACAUCUAUGUCAAAACGUCUUGGGGCCAUUCCCCAUAAAUUCCCCUUGCCGAAAGUUGGCAAUUCUUGCUUUUUCAUGAAAAAAUAAAAUGCAUUUCCAAUAUAUCAGUUUACUUGUUGGUAGACAUGCUUUGAAGUUACGUUUACCUGUCAAUCAAACACUAUUAGUUUCAAAGUCGACGUUACGAAAUGCAAAGCAAAUUUUAAAAGCCGAAUUUCAAAAAUGCACUUGGUUAAAGAAUAAGAAUAUCAAGCGUUUGGCACAGUUUACUGCGAUCAGUGGUACAGCUAUAGUUUCAGUAUCUCAAGCCUUAAAGUUAAGCGGUUCCCAUGUAAUAUGCCACGGAUUAGAAAAACCGAUUGAAGCAGAAAAUAAUGUUGUUGCUAAAGAGUUUUCAUGGACAGAGUUCUUCAACGACUAUUUGCUGCCAGAGAUUCUACCUCUUAGUCUGGCAAUUAUGAGUGCUUUGGUGGGUGCAUUCGUUAACAUGAAGAUCCCGGGUGCCUUGGGGGAACUUAUUAAUAUAUUGAACCAACAAGCUCAAACUGGUUUGUCAAAUGUGGCUGAUUAUAUGAAAGGACUUCGUGAACCAGUCAUACAGUUAAUGGCUCUGUAUUUAUGCCAGGGGUUCACAACCUUUCUUUAUAUUUCAUUAUUGAGCCAUCUGGGCGAAAAUGUGGCUUGCAAACUGAGAACAAACUUAUUUAAAAGUUUUCUCCAGCAAGAUGUUGCGUUUCAUGAUGAACAUAAGACGGGGGAACUUAUUGAUAGACUUACUUCUGAUGUUCAGGAUUUCAAGAGUUCUUUCAAGCUGUGUGUAUCGNAAGGAAUACGUAGUUCCACCCAAACUGUUGGUUGUAUAUGUAGUUUGUAUUCUACCUCACCUAAGUUAACCCUAGCACUUGCUGGUACAAUUCCAUUGAUUGUUUUGUUUUUAUUUCCAGGUCAGCUGAUGUCGUUCUUGGUAUCGGCACAAAUGAUCCAACGCUCUUUAGCUUCGUUGUCGGUGUUAUCUGGAACAGCUGUACGUGGUGUUACUGCUGGUGGAAGGGUGUUUGAAUAUAUACACAAACAACCAAGCAUACCCACUCAUGGUGGUCGUAUUAUUCCAUACCAUUGUUUACUUGGACAUUUAAAGUUUGACGAUGUUCACUUCACGUACCCACAACGCCAGGGCCAUGAAGUAUUAAAAGGAGUCUCACUUGAUAUUAAGCCAUGCCAGACUGUGGCGUUGUGUGGAUUGUCUGGAGCAGGUAAAUCAACUGUGGCAAGCCUAGUUGAAAGGUUUUACGACCCCACCUCUGGUAAAGUAACUUUAGACGGCAUAAAUAUUUCGGAACUCGACCCUUCAUGGCUUAGAGGGAAAGCUAUUGGUUAUAUUAACCAGGAACCCGUUCUAUUCUCUGGUAGUGUGGAAGAAAACAUUAAAUAUGGGAAUCCGGAAGCAAGUAAACAAGAAGUGAUCAAGGCGGCCAAACUUGCAAAUGCUGAUGCGUUUAUUCAAAACUUUCCUGAUGGUUAUAAUACCAUAGUGGGUGAAAGAGGGGUCUCGUUAUCAGGGGGUCAGAAACAAAGGAUUGCCAUUGCGAGGGCACUGCUUAAAAAUCCAAGUAUUCUUAUACUUGAUGAAGCAACUAGCGCCCUGGACGCCGAAUCUGAGCGUUUGGUGCAAGAGGCGCUUGAUCACGUGAUGGUCAACCGGACAGUCCUUGUGAUAGCUCACCGACUCAGCACGAUCAAAAAUGCCGAUGUCAUUGCGGUGAUGAAAGGGGGAAGGGUUGUUGAGGUUGGAAACCAUAAAGAUUUAAAAAAGAAAGGAGGAAUUUACUCAGAACUUAUAAAACUACAAGAAUCCAAUGAGUGACUUAAUGUUUGUUUAAUUUAUCUUAAUAAAAAAAUCCUUUAUUCUGCCACAUAUUUAAUCAUUUAACUAUAUCGACUUAAUUUGAUUUAUUUUUGGGGAUUAUUGGUUUUAAUCUUGGACCUAAUACAUAACAUGCCAAUUUUUUUUCUAUAAGGUAACCGUUAUUACAAUCAGAAGACCUGUGUGAAAAACAUUACCAUUUAGUUAGUUUUGUUGUUAAAGUUUGACCCUAUUUGGAGCAAUUGCCGUUAAGAGUCUUGCCCAAUGACACAUACACCCACAAUGAUAGCAGCGAUGAGCCUUAAACCCAUUACCUCUGUUCUGUCUCCAGUUUUUUUUUCGACCCAGUGGUAUAUUUCUUUAGAAGUAACAAACAUUUUAUUUAUACAAUACCUGACAGUGGCAACAAAGGGAAAAAAAUUUGGAGCUAAAUGCUCCCACCAUAA